UGCAAAUGGGCCAUCCUGUUCCUAUAUAAACAGUGGACUCGGAGAGAGACUGUGUGUCCUCAGUUCGUUCUCACACAUGUGGGGUUCACGACUAAUUGCUGGCUCCCCACUGGAAUUUGGUUCCCACAUGUGGCGAGCACGACUCUGAUCUGCCUGCAUGAGGCCACCCCUCCCUCUCUGCCAUCAGCUCCACAAGAAGCUGCUAAGAGACUGAGGCGCUCUUGGAUCACUGCACACUCCCCUACAAGACAUCCCAGAGCAGAUAGACAGAAGAAUGGAGAGGAAGAAGAAGGGGUGGUUCGAGCGCAUCAAGAGGCUCUUCAUCUCCGAGCCCAAGCAGAAACCCAAGCCAGACAAGAAGGUGAAGAGCAAGAGAUGGCUGGUAGGGAAGCUCAAGACCCAGCACUCGUUUGCCCUGCCAGCUCCGGAGCCGGAGCCGGCGACGGGUCAGAUUCAGAUCAGGCACGCGGAGGAGGAGCAGAGCAAGCACGCGGUGGCGGUCGCGCUCGCCUCCGCAGCGGCCGCAGAGGCGGCCGUCGCGGCCGCCCACGCGGCCGCGGAGGUGGUCCGCCUCACAGGACCCCCCUCGCCGGCGCCGGCGCGUGAGGACCCCGCGUCUUCCGGCCACGAGCUGUUCGCCGCCGUCGCGAUUCAGUCAGCCUACCGCGGAUACCUCGCGCGGAGGGCACUGCGCGCGCUCAAGGGCCUGGUGAGGUUGCAGGCGGUGAUCCGCGGGCAGGCGGUGCGGCGGCAGACGGCGACGACGCUGCGGGGCCUCGAGUCGCUGGUGAAGAUCCAGGCCCGGCAGCGCGCCAGGGCCGACGUCGAGCACGAGCAGGAGCAUUCCCACGACGGCAUGGACGCCCUGCUGAGGAGAGGCCGGGAGCUGUACGCCGCCGCGCUGCAAGAGCAGCAGCAGAGCAGCCGGGGGUGGGACGGCAGCACCCUCUCCAAGGAAGAGAUGGGCGCCGUGAUGAGGAGCAGGGAGGAAGCCGCCAUCAAGCGCGUGCGCGCGCUGCAGUACGCCUCCAUCCAAAACGAGAAGAUCGGCAUCAGGAGGCAGCCCAUGUCCAGGGACGAGAUGGAGACGCUCAACCAGCGCUGGAGCUGGCUGGAGGAGUGGGUCGGUUCGCAGCCCUUCGACAAGGACGUGGCCGUCGACGUGGUCACCCACCCCCACCCGCCGCCGCCUCGCUCCAGGGACUCCCUUGCCUGCCUCGAGGACGACGACGACCGCGAUGACGACGGCUACGGCAGGCGGCUCGGCUACUCGUCCAGGCGGUCCUUCGGCCGCGCCAGGCGCACGCCAGGGAGGGGGAGCAUCGACGAUGGGCUGCAGGCCUGCUCGCCGGCAGUGGCUUUCCCGGGGUACAUGGCGUCCACGGCGUCCGCCAAGGCCAAGUUCCGGUCCAUGAGCACGCCCAAGGAGCGCUUCGCCGUGCCAUCCGACGCAUACUCGGAGCAGUGCUUCGCCGACCGCCUCAUGUCACCCAUCCCGUCCAUGUCGCCGAUGCCGUCCAUCGCCAGCGACAUGGGCUUUGCUCGCUCCAGCAGGCCGCCGGUUGCGCAGCGUUCGCCGCGCGUCAAGGGGGGACCGAUGACGCCGUCGAGGAUCCGCUCCAGGAGGUCCCCGAGCCGCCACAGCUUCGGCUCUGAAGCCGCGCUGCACCAGAUCCAGAUGGAGCACUACACCCCUAUUCGCUAGACACAAACGAACUUCUUUGUAAUGUGACCAGUGCUGCCUUGUUUGGCGGCCUUGCUCUCUCUCUGGGUCUGACCAUGGAAACCUUCUCAAACUGACCGUGCUGUGCUAAUGCAAUAUGGAUCUGCGAACUUUCAAAA